CCGGCCCGGGCUUCACUCGCCGCCUCGCGCCGGGACCUGAAGCGCUGCGGGCAGCAUAGGCGGUGAAGAGGGCGCUGCGCUCGGGCUACCCAAUGCGUGGACUAUCUGUAGCCGCUGCUCGUGCAAUAUGCUGGAGCUCCAGAACAGCUAAACGGAGUCGCCACACCGCUGCCUGGGCUGGAUCACAGCGCUGCCUUUCCUUAUGAAGAAGACACAAACUUGGAUUAUCACUUGCAUUUAUCUUCAAUUGCUCCUAUUUAAUCUUCUCGCCAAAACGAAAGGGAUCUGCGAGAAUCGUGUGACUGAUGAUGUGAAAGACAUUAAAAAAUUGGUGGCAAAUCUUCCAAAGGACUACAUGAUAUCCCUCAAAUAUGUCCCCGGGAUGGAGGUGUUGCCUAGUCAUUGUUGGCUAAGCCAGAUGGUUGUAGAACUGUCAGUCAGCUUGACUGAUCUUCUGGACAAGUUUUCAAAUAUUUCUGAAGGCUUGAGUAAUUAUUCGAUCAUAGACAAACUUGUGAAAAUAGUGGAUGACCUUGUGGAGUGCAUGGAAAAACUCUCCUUUAAGAAUGUAAAAAAAUCAAAGAGUCCAGUUUCCAGGAAGUUUACUCCUGCAGAAUUCUUUGUAAUUUUUAAUAAAUCCAUCGAUGCCUUCAAGGACUUGGAGAAGGUGGCAUCUAAAACUAGUGAAUGUGCAUUCUCUUCAACAUUAAGUCCUGAAAAAGAUUCCAGAGUCAGUGUCACAAAACCAUUUAUGUUACCCCCUGUUGCAGCCAGCUCCCUUAGGAAUGACAGCAGUAGCAGUAAUAGGAAGGCCUCGAAUCCCAUCCAAGACUCCGACCUCCAAUGGGCUGCCAUGGCUUUGCCUGCGCUCUUCUCUCUCGUGAUUGGGUUUGCUUUCGGAGCCUUAUACUGGAAGAAGAGACAACCCAACCUGACAAGGGCAGUUGAAAAUAUACAGAUUAAUGAAGAGGAUAAUGAGAUAAGUAUGUUGCAAGAAAGAGAGAGAGAGUUUCAAGAAGUGUAAUUGUGACUUUUAUCAACACUGUUACUUUCAUACAUUGGCAGUAACAGUUCAUGUUUGCUUCAUAAAUGAAGCCGCUUUAAACAAAUUCCUAUUCUGUCUGGAGUGACAGACCGCAUCUUUUUCUGUUCUUGCUACCAUGACUCUAGAUGGAUGAUUCAGAAAUUGGAACAAAGUGUUUUAAUGUGAAACUGUCACUGAAUUAAUCAUCUACAAAGAAGAACUUGCAUGGAGCAGCACUCUAUUUUAAGGACUUGGGGACUUGUGGUCUCAUUUAGAACUUGCAACUGAUGUUGGGAGAGAAAGCACGUGUCCCAGACUGCACGCACCAUUUUGCAUGCCUCCAGAAAUGUCUAAUUGCUGAAAAAAAAAAAAAUCACAUAGCUUUAUUUUCAGUACAACCUGCAGUUUGUAGUUACAUUGGUCUCUGCAAGUAGAAUUCAGCCUGGAUAGCGGGGGGAGUAGUUUUUCUUAAAGGGAUUUAGAAAGAAAACCUUUCAAAUUAAAUCACAACAGCCACUGUACAUACAGAAAACAGUGGCAAGAAUGAUUGGAGUAAGCAACUUGUCAGCCUGCUAGCUAGUCCUGAGUGAUAUAGGUCUGAUCUUCUUGACACAAACCGUACUUGCCCAUAUCCCAGUAGGCACGUGGACAUGGUUGACUGGGUCUAUCUGUCCAGGGGAGCCAGUGUGAAUUAGACUAGUGAUGGCUUUGCAAAAAGGGGAUUCUCAGCCAUUGCAAGAAGCUAUGAAUACUGAGUGAGCAGCAGGACAGUCACUGAAAAGGACCUUUGGCACCCCUGGGGAAGUUGGCCUUUUCCCUUGACCACUAUCGAAUGUGUAAAUCCUGCUUGCUAAAUAUAUUAUGAAAUGUUUAUAUUCUAAAACUAUUAAAGAAUUAUGUAAUGGGACUUAGAAGAAAUUACUGUAUGUAGAAAGGCCCCAUUUUCAAUUCCCCCCUGAAACAAAUUCAAAAUAAAUUAUGAUAUUUAGUAUCUAAGGUUAGAAAACGACACCCACAUGCUAAUGUCGGUGUUGCAAACUAGGUUACUUGGCUUUUACAAGAAUGCAAGGAAUCAGGAAGCUUCAGUUAUUUAUAGUGUAAUCACCAUUAUCUGUUUACAGGAUCCAUUUAUUUAAAACCAGGCACUAUUCAUUAAGGUUUAUGAAUUAAGAGAGAUUUAUGUAGUUAUGCAUGUCAGUUUGCUAUUUAAGAUGUAUGAAGCAUUUGUUGUAUAAAGAGUGAAUUUGGCGGGAAUUUCCAGGAUGGACAUUGUGCUUCUAAACUAGAAAAUGUAAGACAUGUGAAUUGCCCUCGCCAAUUUUAUUUGACUCAAAGGAGCAUCUGACUAAAGUCAAAAAUUUAAUUUCUUUUAAUUUACCACCAACAUAUACCUAAACUUUCCAUUCUAUCCUAAUCUUUAUGAUAACACUAGAGUCGUAUACUAUACAAGCAUCAGGUAACCACUUGCAAUGUAGUGAGACAAAAAGAAAAACAAAACUGUUAAACUUUUGAAAUCAAAGGAAAGUUAAGAAUUUCUAAUAUAGCUGGAUUUUAGCUUAUGUUCAAAGCUAAUGCAAAUACAACUCCAGUAAGUGGCCUUUGCUCUUUUCUGUACCAAAGAGCCCAGAUGAUUUCUAUGGUCCCUUUCUUCCCUGAAGUGCUAUGGUUUUUCAAAUCUAGUCAUUGCUGUAAGGCACAACCCGGUGCUUUGGGAAGCUGCGUUAACCUAUUCAGGCCCUUGGAUACCCCCAUAGUACAAUCUAUUGUUCAUAAAACCAGAGAUCACUAAUUGCUAAAGGACCUGUCUCAGUGUGUGACAUUGAUUCUUAGGAGAGAAAUAGUCCUAGAUUGAUGAGUUACAUGUGUAGGUCAUGUUAUAGAUUGAGGAGAUUGGUACUUCUCAGUCUAACAGCUUGAUUUAUUUAACUAACAGUUUGUCUUCUUAGGCAUAUGAAAAUCUAUUGAGUUUGAGAGUAUGAUAAUUGUACUUUUGUUUUCAAAGCUAGUAGCUGGGUCUUAACACUCAAGGACAUGGUUCUAAUCAAUACACUUAAAUAAACAAAUUCAGCUCGUUAUGAAAUCCAGUGUGGUAGGCAAGGGGAGAUGUGUUCUGCCUAAUUAAAUGCAUUGGUUCAUUGAGAGGUAGUUGGUUACCAAUUUUUAAAAACACUACAGUUCAAUAAAAUGCAUGAACUAUAGAAUAUAUUCAACAUUAUUUUGAAUGUUAGCUGCUUGGGCAUUAACUGUCAUACCUGCUUUGAAUUUUUAAAAUAUGUAUCUAUAUUUUAUAUGUGUCCUGAAUAGCCUUCAUAUAAGUCAUGGAAUACUCACAACUGACAUUAUAAACCAUGAAAUUACCUUUUCGAUUGGUGCCAAAUAUCUGAUAAUUCUCUCAUGUACUGUUUCAAACUUCCUCAGAAUUGUGCAGGUUCUGAAUGAUCUUGAAAGCUUUGCACCUCUAGGUAGAACUGCAUCAGCAAAAACCUGGCUCUGUGAUAAAUCAGUGCCUGCCCAGUGCUAUCAAAGUAUUCCUGGAUUCUGUAUUACAAUCCAGUGUGCUUAUUUCCACACUGCCACUUUUUAAUGAGUCAGAAAAAGUGACUUUUUAAAAUACAGUAAGAAUAAGUAACCUAUCAUCUUAAAGGAUUCAGUACAUGAAAAUGUAUGAAAAAAAAGGUAUGUAUCCAUAUUGAAGUGUUUGCCUUUGGUAGAACGAAACAUUUCAUUGAGCAUUAAAAAUAAUGGAGAAACUUGCUGGCAUAGUUUGGUACUCUGAAGCUCAAUUCACAGAAUAAUCUAUUCAGAAUUCAUAGGUAUUUCUUAAUGUUUUUCUGUAGCUAGGCUUUGGUUUCAAAAUAUAUAUCCAAUAUAGGGUUUUUAGCCAUUCCAUAGCUAUUCUUUAAAACUUAAAUAUUUUCAAAAAGACAAGUUUGGGAAAAAUCGGAUGCCCCACUCUCUCAUUAACUGAUAAUGGUAAAUUACCUCCCUGAUUUGAAUCUCAAUUUGUUAACCUAUCUAGAUUGGUUACAUCUUCGAGUGAAACCUAUUGAUAUGACAGAAUAUAAAAGAACUGAAACCACCCAACUCAGAUUUCUGUGAAUAAACAAUUUGAAUUUGAAAAUUCAUUGCUGUUGUUUGUAUUGUAAAUAGGGUCCAUUAGUAAAAGUGAAAUUCAGUCUCACAUAGGGUCCUUUGGAUAACCAUUUACACAAGAGAUGGCUUUUCUUCUGCUUAAGUAAAUGUUUUGGAUCACCUCCCAAGAAUAAAAAAAAAUACCAGUACAUUUUAGUCAGAAAGAGAUAUUGUAAAAUGUGCAUAAUAUUUGGAAAUGUACCAAAUUAAGCAUUUAAAUGCCCUCAUUCUAUUACAAGCUGAGAGCAGACUAUGUAAGACGCUCAGAAGGUUUUGGAAUGCCAGAGAAUUUGGAAUCCAUUUGGCAAAAGGGUAAUCUAUAAAUUAUAUUUUAAAUUUGGAAAACAGGGUAAGAAUUUUAAAGUAACUUGGCUAGUCUUUGACAUAAUAUUUUGAAAUUUGCAUUAAAAUAUCAACGAUCAAUUUGAAAUUCUGACGAGUUCAUUUGUGGUGUUUGAUUACACCAUCUAUGAUGUUGCAGUUUUCCAUUAACUAGUGUGGAAAUGCUUUUUUAAAAAUAUAUACCGACAAGUUUUUUGUUUUUUCCCUGAAGAUGCAAUCCAUAUUUUUUAAAAGGAUAUUCAUGAUCCUAAAAUGUUUGCUUAGUUUUGUAAAUUUAUAACUGCCAUCUCGAACUACAUCCUUAUGUUUUUAAGGUAAAAUUAAUUGCUUAAACUAAAAUUUAUAGUAUUUUCAGUUACUUGGUUUUUGAAAUACCAGACUCACUAAAUAAAAAUUUCCACUCAAAAUAUUCUAUCUAUAUGCUAAGGAUUGAUGUGUGAUAUAGUGUCCUUGCCACUGUUUGUUAAAUCAGUGGACUUGAAAAGUAUUCAGACAUUUUAGUUGGAUGCACAGAUAGAUUGCUAGUUCAGUCAUAGAUUGGAGAUUGUCAUAGAUUGUAAUGUAAAUGUAUGUCAACACUAUUCUAAAUAGUUUUAUUAUGACUGAAGUUUAAUUAAAUAAAGAGGUUGUAAGAUGUGAUGUGUAUGUGUAUAUACUGUAUGUGUACUUUUUAAAAUAGGUAUAUGUCCUGACCCUUUUUUAUACAGGUUUGAAUUUGAAAUUACAUUAUCUAUACAUAUACUUUAUUGUUCUAAAUAAAG